AUGUGGGCGUCAUCGGGCAAGGCGACAUAUGAGGAUGGGAGUGCCGCUACUAAGCCGACGUUGGUGCUGGUCUCGGGAGACGCGACUAAGAGAACGCGAAAUUCCAUGUCACGCUCAUCAGGUGACCGCGCGACAGCAAGAACAAAUGAAUUCGAACUCGUUUGGACCCACAAAUUCGAGCAGAUUGGUGCUCUGAUUGGCAUUGUAUCGCUGCCAAUACAUGGCGACUAUGAGGCAUAUCUUAUUCGGCACUUCAUCCCCCACUCGGCUCAGGAUGCCUACGAUGCCCUCCGGACACUGAACCUUGAGCUCGCCCGCCUGCCCGAGACUGUGUCAAAUCCAACCAUAGGCCGCUUCCGGAUGCAGUUCUGGCGAGACUCCGUCAAUAGUACCUUUGCUGGCAACCCGCCGCGGGAGCCCAUUUCAGUAUUACUGCACAGCGCCAUUACGAACCUCGCAGCGCGAACGGGGGGUGGCAGUGCGAGCUCACUCAAGUUCUGGCUUCUGCGGUUGAUCAACACGCGAGAGAAGCACAUGGAGAACAAGCCCUUUACCAACCUAGCAGCUUUGGAAGAUUAUGCCGAGAAUACGUAUGCCACACUCAUGUAUAUGACGCUCGCGGCGAUGCCCCUCCAAUCGGUGCAUAUGGAUCACUUGGCAAGCCACAUCGGCAAGGCUUACGGCAUCGCCGCAUCACUCCGUGGGAUCCCGAUCCUCGCCGCACCUUCACAACCCAUACAAGGCCCAUCAGGUUCCAGUGUUGGUAGCACCAGAAGCCCUGCGCUACUGCUCCCGCUUGAUGUCAUGGCUGGGGUGGGCCUAAAGGAAGAGGAUGUUUUCCGCCGUGGGCCAAACGCCGAAGGCUUACAGGAUGCUGUUUUCCAAGUUGCUACUCGAGCCAAUGACCACCUGAUUACGGCACGCGAGAUGCUCAAGAACUUGCAAGCUGGACAUGAACCUGGGCACGAUUAUGAGCACCAAGAGGAGCCAGAGCAUGCACACUUCGGUACGGUACAUGAUGGUGAGGACACGAAGUUGGACAUCCAGCGCGGUUUUAGCGUGUUGCUGGAAGCGGUCGCGGCUGGAGAUUACCUCCAGCGUUUAGAAAACGCCAAUUUUGAUCCUUUCAAGGUCAAAAGUAGCUGGAAACUUCCCUGGGGACUUUGGAAAUCGUUAAGGCGACACGAAAUUUAA